UAAUGUGUAGUGUGUGUACAUAUUCUUCACUGCCCUUUCAACAGCUAUUCUUCUAUCACAGAUAUUUCAUUUCCUUUCAUCCUCCGCAAAUUUAGGGUUUCGACUCUGUCCUCUCUCUCUCUCUACAGUACUUCAAAAAGCUCAUAGCUGUGCAAGUAGAAUGAUGUGUUCAAUGUCUGCAGUAUCAUGAAGAUUCAGUAGGGAAUUCUUUGGAGGAAGAUUAUUUAAAUUUUAUAAGAUUGCCUUGUGUACAUAUCUUCCUGCUUAUGAUGUACCGUUGCAUUCCUUUUAAGUUUUAUUUUAUUGGGAAAAUAACAUGGUGUUCCUGAAAGUCAUCAUCAUAAAAAAGAAACAAAGUUGAUAAAUUAAUUAAAGCAGUUUGGUUACAGGCUCGAGGUUUCAGUGGUGUCUUUUUGCUUGAUGGCAAAUUACAUGUAGUAGUGGGUUUAAAGGUGAAACUUAGCUGGUAGUUUCUACUGUGGAUCUCAGAUGGAUGACAGUGGACAUCGUGAAAAUGGAAGGCAUAAACCACCUUUGAGUCAGUGGUUCAUGCAGCAUCAGCCAUCAAUGAAACAGAUAAUGGCCAUUAUGGCUGAAAGAGAUGCUGCAGUCCAAGAAAGAAAUUUAGCUCUUUCUGAAAAAAAGGUUGCCUUGGCAGAGCGAGAUAUGGCUAUCCUACAACGAGAUCAGGCAAUAGCAGAACGAAAUAAUGCCAUAAUGAAGCGUGACAACGCUAUUGCUACCCUUCAGUAUAGGGAAAAUACCAUGAACAACGAUAAUAUGUCGCAAUGUCCUCCAGGAUGCCAAGUUGCUCAUGGGGUGAAACACAUACACCAUCCUCAGCAGCAUGAACACCAUCAGUCCAACAUGGGUGAAGCUCCAUUCACGACGGGGGAAACUCACCUGCCUGACACCAUUCCAUUGCCCCCAGUUGCUCCUGAGCCUGAAAAAUCCCGUAGUACAAAACGUAGAAAGGAGGCAAAGGCUACUACCUCCAUGAAGAAGACGUCAACAUCCUUGAAGAAGGGCAAACAAGAUGGUGAGGACCUGAACAAAACAAUGUUCGGGAAAUCACAGUCCUGGAAAAACGAGCAGGAUAUUGAUGGUGAUACUGAUGACCUUAACAGGCAAAUGGUUGUAUCGAAACCAAAUUGGAAAGAUCAGGACCUGGGACUGAACCAGGUUGCAUUUGACGAGUCGACCAUGCCGGUGCCCGUCUGCUCGUGUACUGGGGUUCUAAGGCCUUGUUAUAAAUGGGGUAAUGGAGGUUGGCAAUCUUCCUGUUGUACAACCACUUUGUCAAUGUAUCCACUGCCAGCAGUGCCUAACAAGCGCCAUAGUCGAGUUGGUGGUCGGAAAAUGAGUGGAGGUGCGUUUAACAAGCUGCUCAGUCGACUUGCUGGAGAAGGUCAUGAUCUGUCGAAUCCAGUUGAUCUUAAAGAUCACUGGGCAAAGCAUGGCACAAAUCGCUACAUCACCAUCAAAUAAAUAUCUGAUAAUGCUGGGACCCAAAUAAGAUAAUUCACCGGAAAACAUUUAUAAUAGUAUAUGAUUUUGCACAUGUAUGGGAAGGAUACAUUGGCCUGCCUAGCUAAUAGGGGAUAGUUCCAUACAUUUUCAUCUCUCUCAAUUAUCAUUAGCAGAAUUAAGAGCUCAGCUCCCCUUGAAAUCUUCUUUAUUUUCGGUUUCCUAUUUUCAUAAUUCAGAAUGUGUGGAUGUUGAUUGAUGAUGAGAUAAUAGCAAUGUUUGUCUUAGAAUGGGCUAUAUAUAUGAUGGCAAAUCU